UCUCUCUCGCUCUCUGCUUCCUUCCUCUGUCCCUCUUCUGUCUCCCUCCACCAGAACAAUAAUGGAGGAGCAACUACACUCUCAACUCAACUUCCAUACUAGUGGUUCAUUUUAGCUCUUUUACGACGUCGUUCUACGUCUACUUCAACAAAUCUGAACCCCUUUUUUUCUUCUCUUUCAUUUUUUUUUGCGCCUUUUCUUUCUCUUAACUCCAACAAAGUUUGCUGCUGCUGCUGCUGCUGCCUGUGAUCUAACUUCUGAGUCCUACCUUGCCUGUAAAAGAUAAAGUCUCGAACUUCAGGUUUGCGACUUCUUGAAUUCUAAGCCUUGUAACGGCAUUACAAUUAAAGGUUUACAUCAACUGUCUUAUGCUGAGCACAGAAAUAAGCCACGACACGAUUGAGUGGUAUGCAAUCUUUAAUUGCAAAGAAAUUUGAUUCUUUUUAAUGCACUCCUUAGCAUUUUCUGCUUUUCUUUUUUCUUUUUUUUUUUUGCUAAAUUUGCAUGCUUUUCACAGACCUCUUAAAUCAAUAUAGUUCACGUUUUGGUCAGACACCGCAUUGGAGUGGUUUGUUCCCAAGGCUUCUUUGAUAUUACAUCCGUUUUUAUUACAAAUACUAAUUGGUCACCAGAAAUUAGUACCAUAUAGGAAAGACUUUGUAGCAGUUUUGUUUCUUCGUCAAUGAAAUCAACAAUGUCCAGUCCAAAAGCGUUUUAACUUUCUUCCUUCCCCUUGUAAAGAACCCACAGUUGAAAGAAGGUCCUGAAGGCUGAUCACCCUACCAUUUGCAGAGUCUUCUUAAUAGCUUCCAUGAUUUUGUAUUGUAGCAGAUACUACAAGUGGACUGUCGCAUAAACGAGAAGCCGCUUUCCCCUACAUUCUUAAGUUAAAGAGAAAGACUGAAAAUGGCAGAAACAGUUCUCUCUUUUGUGCUGGAUCAACUCUCAACUUUUCUGCGCGAGGAGGGACGAGUGUUGGGUGGGCUUCGGCAAGAGGUCCAAUUCAUCAGGGAUGAGUUGGGGCACAUGAGAGCUUUCCUGAGAGAGGCAGAAGCAAACGAAGAAGAUGCUCAACCCAGACUCCAAGAAUGGAUCAAGCAAGUACGAGAAGCAGCUUAUGACACUGAAGACAUUCUUGAUGAAUUUGUAGCUCGCUUUGCUCGGCAUCGCACAACAGGAUUCUACGGCUCUUUUCGGAGAAUUUUCAGCUCCAUCAAAAAUUUGAGAGCUCGUCAUCGAGUUGCUAGCCAAAUACAAAGCAUCAAGUUCAGAAUCAAUAGUAUUUCUGAAGGUCAUCAAAGAUACCAAUCCGAAUAUGGUAUCUCUGCCCAAGCGUCCAGCUCACUUUCUGCUGUGAACAACACAACAUGGCGCUAUAGCGGAGAUGAUGCACUACUUGUGGAAGAAGCUAAAUUAGUUGGCAUUGACCAGCCCAAGAAACAUCUAAUUUCUCAGCUCCUCCAAGGGGAUGAUUACCAACUAAAAGUUGUUUCAGUGGUUGGUAUGGGAGGACUUGGCAAAACUACCCUGGUGAAAAAAGUCCAUGAGGAUCUUGAAGUCAGAAGGCAUUUCCCAGUCCGUGCUUGGGUAACCAUCUCUGAAACAUGUGACUUUCAGUACCUCCUGAUAGACUUGAUUCGGCAGCUACACGAGGAAGGGAAGAAACCAGUCCCACAAUCGAUAGAGUCUAUGACUACCACUGAGCUGAAAAAAAUUGUCAAAGAUUUUCUUCAACAAGCUGGAAGGUAUGCAAUUGUUUUUGAUGAUGUAUGGGACGUGGAAUUUUGGAAUACCAUCAAAUUUGCACUGCCCGAGAGUAGCCAUGGCAACCGUGUCAUGCUAACAACUCGAAGAGCUGAUGUAGCCUCUGCCUCUUGCAUUGAAUCUCGGCGUUUUGUCUACAGAAUGGAGCCACUGUCCUUUGAAGAUUCGUGGACCCUGUUUUGUAACAAGAUCUUUAAGGGAAAUAGUUGCCCUGGCCAUUUGAUGGAUGUUGCCAAAGGUAUAUUGGACAAAUGUGAGGGCUUGCCCCUUGCAAUCCUUGCAAUCAGUGGCCUUUUGGCUUCGAAAGAUGUAAACAGAAUAGAGGAAUGGGAGAUGGUUAGACGCAGUCUUAGGGUUGAAUUAGAAGGCACUGGUAAGCUGGACAGAGUUAAAAAGAUACUUUUUCUUAGUUAUAGUGACCUGCCUUGGCAUCUUAAGAUAUGUCUGUUGUACACAAGCAUUUAUCCAGAGGAUUACAAAAUAGGAUGCCUAAGACUUGUUAACUUAUGGAUUGCUGAACGGUUUGUAGAAUGGAGAGAAGGAAUGAACAUUGAAGAUGUAGCCUGGAGUUAUCUCAGUGAACUUGUCAAUAGAAGCCUAAUUCAAGUGACUGGUGUGUUUUAUGAAGGAAUGCCCGGAAAUUGUCGAAUCCAUGACCUAUUGCGAGAAAUUAUCAUUUCCAAGUCAAGAGAACAAAACAUGGUCACAAUUACUACUGGACAACCAACAAGGUGGCCGUCCGAGAAGGUACGCCGUCUAAUAGUCCAUACUAGCAGUAGUAACAACACCCAGCACCAUGAGCAAACACAAAAUUAUUGCUUUGACCACCUUCGGUCAUUCAUUACAAUUGGAUCCACGAGCCCACUCCUUUCCAGAAUGUUGUUAUCUGAAGUUUCACGGGGUAGUAAGUUGUUAAAGGUUUUGGGUUUGAGAGGUCAAAAGACACAGAAGGAAAUACCAAAUGAGAUUUUCAAAAUGUUUCAUCUCAAGCAUCUAGACCUAUAUGGUACAGGAGUGGAGAGAGUCCCAAAAGGCAUCGGGAAGCUUCAACACUUGGAGUAUCUGAAUUUAGGAAACACUGGAGUUGGGGAAUUACCUAUUGAAAUUCUAAAGUUGCAAAAACUUCGGGUUCUCAAAGUAUAUCAACGAGUUGAUCCUUCAGAUGAUGAUUAUGGACGCCACGGAUUUAAAGCUCUAUUCAAUAUGGGAGGGCUUCUUUCUCUAGAAAUAUUAAGCUGCAUGGAUGCAAGUAGUGGAUGUAUAACAGUUAGGGAGAUAGGAAACCUGACACAAUUAAGAGAAUUAGCUAUUACAAAGUUGAGAAGAGAUGAUGGAAAGGAGCUGUGCUCCUCCCUUGCCAACCUCACCAAUCUCCAUAAAUUAAGCGUUUAUUCAAUUGGAAAAGGUGAUGAUCAUGAGAUAAUCGAUCUAAAUCAUCAUAAUCCUUCUCUUUCUUCUUCAUCUUGUUCGUUUCUUCAAUCUCUUCGUAUGCUGAUUUUGUGUGGCCGCUUAGAAAAGAUGCCACAAUGGGUAGCUCAUCUUCAUAGCUUGGUAAGAAUAGAUUUGGACUGGAGCAGGUUAAGGGGUGAGGAGGAUCCGCUUGAAUCGCUCCAACAUUUGCCCAAUUUGGUUAAUAUUAAUUUCUGUGGAUCUUACCAGGGAGAAGGGUUGUGUUUCAAGACUGGAGGGUUCCUAAUGCUGAAGAGGUUGCACCUAAAGAGAAUGGAGGGGUUGAGAUGGAUGAGAGUGGAGGAGGGUGCAUUGCCUCGUCUCGAAACACUAUUUCUGCAGCAACUUCCAUUACUAGAGGAGUUACCAUUGGGUAUUCAGCACUUGAGCCAUCUUCAACGGCUGUCUCUGUAUGAGAUGAGUUCUCAAUUGAGAGAGGAGCUGUUAGAGAAUCAGAAGGAAGAAAGUGAAGAUUACACAAGAAUCGCACACAUUCCUGAAAUUCUCAUUGGUUACUAUACAGAUGAUUGGAAAUGGAGAGAGCACCAGCUAUGGGAGAAGAAGAAGAAGAAAACAUAAUCAUUCCUAGCAACAGCUGCCGCCGUGGCUUCCCUUUCUCUAGUUUAUACCCUCCCUGUUGUGGACAACACUACUGCUUCCUCUUCUUUUGUUUUCAUUUUUUUCUUGGUUUUCUUCCCUUCGACAUCCAUGAGAGAAGUUCAUCAUUUGCUGUGUCUUACCUUCUUGUUUAUGGCAUGUAUUUAUAAUGCGUGAUGAUGUUGUUAAUGUACUGUAUACAGU